CGCUGUCGCAUGUUGACGCAUGCGUGCCGCGGCAGGGUCCAGGGCCGGGUAUCAUGGCGACGUACGUGGACAUCCUGAAGAGCGAGUUUCCUGAGAUCGACACGGAGGUUUUCGACUAUAUCACAGGUGUUCUGGACAGCGGCGGAGCAGAUUUUGAGGAUGGGGAGGAGGUGUACGACGCCAUUGGAGGAGUCCUGCAGGAAGUGUCUGCUGACAGUAAAAAUGAGGAUGACGUCAGAGACAUCUGCCUCCAGAUGUUCAACACUCUCAAACUGAGCCAUCAUGGCCCUCAGAAGCAGCUGCUGUUGGACGCUCCUGUUCAGAUCUCUCAGAUCUCUGCAGACGUUUGUGCCACAGAGGACAUUCAGGGUAUCUGGAUGAUGAAACGUGGUCAGAACACAACAGUGGACGCUAAGAAACUGGAGAAGGCCGAGGCGAAGCUGAAAGCUAAACAUGACCGCAGAAACGAGAAGGACUCUCAGAAGCCCUCCACUCCACUAGUCCUAGAGGAGGCGUCGGCCAGUCAGGCCAGCAACAAGAAGGACAACCGAGUGGACCAAUCAGGAAAGAACCGCAGCUAUGACAUUCGCAUCGAGAACUUUGAUGUUUCUUUUGGAGAAAGAUGUUUGCUGCAGGGGGCGGAGCUGUCUCUGGCAACAGGCCGGCGGUACGGUCUGAUUGGUCGGAAUGGUUUGGGAAAGACGACACUGUUGAAGAUGUUGGCCAGUCGAAACCUCCGCAUCCCGGCUCACAUCUCCAUCCUCCACGUGGAGCAGGAAGUUGAGGGAGAUGACACAGCUGCGCUGCAGAGUGUCCUGCAGAGUGACACGCUGAGGGAAGAGCUUCUGACUGAGGAGAGGACGCUCAACGCUCGUAUCGCCAGCGGGACUGCUGACGGGAUGGAGAGCGUCAGACUGUCAGAGAUCUACGGCAAGCUGGAGGAGAUUGAGGCCGACAAAGCCCCAGCACGAGCCUCCGUCAUCCUGGCUGGUCUCGGAUUCUCUCCCAAAAUGCAACAGCAGGCAACCAAGGAGUUCUCAGGAGGAUGGAGGAUGAGGUUGGCGUUGGCCAGAGCUCUGUUUGCUCGGCCGGAUCUGCUGCUGCUGGACGAGCCGACCAACAUGUUGGAUGUCAGAGCCAUUCUGUGGUUGGAGAACUACCUGCAGACGUGGCAGUCGACCAUCUUGGUCGUCUCUCAUGACAGGAACUUCCUUAACGCCGUGGUAACGGACAUCAUCCACCUGCACUCCCAGAGGCUGGACAGUUACCGUGGCGACUAUGAAAACUUUAUUAAAACCAAAGAAGACAGACUGAAGAACCAGCAGAGAGAGUACGAAGCCCAGCUACAGUACAGACAACAUAUACAGGUGUUUAUUGACAGAUUUCGGUACAACGCUAACAGAGCAGCUCAGGUCCAGAGCAAACUCAAACUGCUGGAGAGGCUACCUGAGCUGAAGCCCCUUGAAAAAGAAAGUGAGGUCACUUUAAGGUUUCCAGAUAACUUUGAGAAGUUGUCUCCUCCCAUCCUGCAGUUAGAUGAAGUCGAGUUUUAUUACUCCGCAGACCAGCCUCUCUUUUCUGGACUCAACCUGUCCGCCGACCUUGAGUCUCGCAUCUGUAUCGUUGGUGAAAAUGGUGCCGGUAAAACGACCAUCCUCAAACUGCUGAUGGGCGAGUUAACGCCGGUCGGCGGGGUCAGACAAGCUCACAGGGCGGGGUCAUGCUGGUGUCCCACGACGAGCGUCUGAUCCGGUUGGUGUGUAAGGAGCUGUGGGUGUGUGAAGCCGGGAAAGUGAGACGCAUCGACGGCGGUUUUGAUGAGUACCGAGACAUCCUGCAGGAGCAGUUCAGGAAGGAGGGGUACCUGUGAGGCUCCGCCCACUGACACAAAUCCCACCCCCGUCUCUUUAACAUCAUCCUGUCAUUACAGCCAAGCAGUGGCUCGGAGCAGACCGGAGGACGUUUUCCUCUCUGAACUGUCUCACCUGCUGCUGCGAGCUGAUUGGUCAUUUCUGUUCACCUGUUGAGGUCACAGUGAACUCUGACAGAGGAGGCGGAGCCAUCACCAAUCAUUUGGAGUUUAUUUAAAAGUUAACGUCACGUUGAACCUGAAUUUUGUUUUGUAUCAUCAACUCUUUUAUCAGUUUGAAAGGACGCUUACAUUCAGAGACACUCCCCAAAUAAAGGCAUCAGAUCAUGUGUUCA